CUCCUCUACAACCUAGGAAUUUCAAGUUUCGUCCAGACAUACCUUCGUCGCACCAAUCAGGCUUUCUUCCCUUCAAACCUGUCAAAAUGAACAAGAUGACAUUGAACAUCAAGACGCGGUGGCUUCUCGACCUUUAUCCGUCGCAAACCAUGGGUCAGAACUGGGGCCCUGAUGAACGGUUGACUCCGAACCAAGCCCCCUUCGAUCACACCGACAACAAUCUCCUACGGGUGUUAGAGGCCCCCGUGAACGAGGUACAGCACUUUGCAGAUGGAACUUGCGCUUGGGUUGUUCACGUUGCUCUCUUCGUUUUCGGCGUCCAAGGCACGUUAUGGACUCAAACCGGCAAUUUCGUCGACGCUACCACGCCGCUGGCAGCUGUGGACUACAUCUUCGAGCCCAAUAACCAGAACAACAGGACGUCUAAGGACGUCUGCUCGCACCUCAUCCCCAAGCGCCUGGGGCCGUCCGGCGUCGACAGCAUCAUCUAUCGGUACACCGGUAUGGUAUCCAACUGGCAGAACCACCGACCCGACUGGGACUGCCGCGUGGCCGUCUUGCUAUAUGGCGCGCUGGAUGGCUUUGUCGACUCGUUCACCAUGGGGUUCUACAACCCGGAUCCGACCGCUACCCAAUACCAGGUCCACCAGUUUGUCGUCCCCGUUAGAGCUGCGGAUCAGAACCUGGUCGGCCUCCAGGGCUGGACUAAGCUUGCACUCCGCUGGGAGUCGAUCGUCACCACUGGGUUCCAGGUCGGUGCGAAUGAAGUAAACCAGCUGAAUCUGCACGACUCGGCGGUGAACUUUCCAGCCAACGGCGGCAACAACAUUCCCAAUCCGCCCUUCGAGGUUCUUGGGUGGCACUACGUGCAGUGUGUCUUACGCAAAUGGUCAACCACUGCCUACCGGGGUUAUGCGAAUAUCAACUGGUAA